UAAAAACUUGUAAACACCCCGUCCUCAACAAAGAAAUUCGACCAGCCAUAUAAGAACACAUCAAGAGACAGAGAUCUCAGCCUUAUUAUAACAUACCUAUCUACCCAAAGACACCAAGAAAAAGCCAUACCUAGUAGUCACUAUGUCGCUCUCCCAUCCCCCUCGGCCUCAACCCCCUUACCCCCUAGACACCCCCUCCGACGGCACCCUAAUGCCCGACGAAAACCACCACCGGUCAUGGCGCACAGGUACACACACCAAGCUGGAGCGCAAGGACAUCUACACUUCAGGCCCAUAUACAUUCCUCUCAUACUUCGACACCGUCUUCCUAAUCGACGACUCAGCCGCAAUGGUCGAGCACUGGGACGCAGUCGGCAAGCUCCUGGGGCAAAUCAGCGGGGUCUGCGCCGAGCACGACCGCAACGGGAUCGACAUGUACUUCGUGAACCACCGGCCGCGGGGGUACUACCUAUACGCAACGAUCGGACGGAAGAAGGAGCGCGGGGGGUACUUCAACAUCGGCAAAACGGCAGGCGACGCAUGCGACAACUGCGAUAACGUAGCGGGCAUCUUCCGCGCGGUGAGACCGCAUGGGGGGUGUCGGCUUGAUCACAGGCUAAGCGCGAUCCUGGACCCGUAUAUGGAGGAGUACAUAAGACGGGUUAAAGAUGGUGUUCAGCAGGCGGAGAACUUGAGGCCGUUGAAUCUUAUUGUGAUUACGGCGGGUGUCACUGAUGAUAACCCGUACGAUACGCUGAUCGAGACGGCGCGGAAGUUGGAUUUUUAUCAUGCGCCGCCGUACCAGGUUGGUAUCCAGUUCUUCCGCGUGGGCGAUGAUGAUGAUGGUCGGAGAGCGAUGGAUUUCGCGGAUCAUGGACUGGCGCAGACGUUGAAUCUUAGGGAUAUGGUGGAUACAGUAACGUGGACUAGCGAGCCGGGAGAGUUGGCUCCGGAUGCGGUGCUGAAGGUUGUGCUGGGUGCGGUGGAGAGGUCCAUUGAUAAGCCGGUGUGAUAAGUCAUAUCAGGGGGGUUUAUGAUGAAAAGGAAUUAAUAAAAAAAUCGAUAAUAUCUAAACCAUAUGAAAAGCGCCUCG